CGGCAUUAGCAACAGCGGACAUAAUUAGUAGUCCGAGAUCGGCAGGAUCAGGACUCGAUCUCUACUAUUAUCUCGGAGCAUCCAAACCCCAGCUGACAAACUCCAUCUUCACCUCAUUUUCCAGCUUCGCUUAUUCAACAACAACAUGUCGGAAAACAAAGUAUUUCGCGUUCUCAUUCUCCCUGGCGACCAUGUCGGUCCUGAAAUCAUGGCCGAGGCCCUCAAAGUCCUCGACAUAAUCGAGACGAGUCGCCCUGACAUUCGCUUCGAACGAGACACAGACAUCGUCGGUGGAUGCAGUAUCGACAAACACGGCACUCCCGUUACAGAUGCAGUCCUAGAAAAGGCCCUAGCCAGUGACGCCGUACUCUUCGGCAGCAUCGGCGGCCCAGAAUGGGCUGGCGUCGAACCUACCCCCGAAUCAGGACUCUUAAAGCUGCGCCAACGUCUCGACGCCUUCGCCAACUUGCGUCCAUGCGAGAUCCUCGUUCCAUCUCUAGUCAGCGCAUCACCCAUCAAAGCUGAGCUUGUAGCCGGGACUAGAUUCAUCGUUGUUCGUGAGAAUUGCGGUGGUGCUUACUUUGGCAAGAAGGAAGAGAGCGAAGAUGAAGCUUCUGAUCUUUGGGUCUAUUCACGACCUGAGGUUGAGAGACUAGCUCGUGUGAGUGCGGCUGUUGCGAGAAUCUUGCACGCGAGCAGCGAAAAAGCAAAUGAUGGUAGUAAACCAGUUGUCUGGAGUGCAGACAAGGCGAACGUCCUUGCUAGCGGCCGUCUCUGGAGACGCGCAACUACAGAUGUUUUCAACAAGGAACUCACCGACAUUGAUCUCCGCCAUCAACUCGCUGACAGUCUCGCCAUGUUGAUGGUUCUUGACCCCAAGCGUUUCAACAACAGCGUUAUUCACACCGAUAACACAUUCGGCGAUGUCCUCUCCGACAUCUCCGGUGGCAUCACAGGCACUCUUGGAGUCCUUCCAAGCGCAAGCCUCGCCGGCGUUCCAGGUGAAGGAUCCUGCAAAGGAAUCUACGAGCCUGUGCAUGGAAGUGCGCCUGAUAUCUCGGGCAAGAACCUCGCCAAUCCGGUGGCACAGAUCUUGAGUUUGGCAAUGAUGUUGCGAUACUCGUUUUUGUUAGAGAAAGAGGCUGAUGCAAUUGAGCAAUCUGUUGCCAAGGUAUUGGAUACGAAGGAAGGUGGAGGUUUGGAGAUUAGGACUAAGGAUCUUGGUGGUAGUGCGAAGUGCAGUGAGGUUGGAGAUGCGGUUUGCGAGGUCCUGCAAGAUUUGUUGAAGAAAUAGGUCUGAGGGAUGAAAGAACAAUUAAGAGAUGCCAGAAGACUAAAAUAUCUACACUGUCUACUAAGAAAAGUGCGACUCGGAAAAUCAAUACUUAUGAUUCCUACUAUCCUGG